GAGCGGGCGGGCCAGUGGGCCACCGACCAUGGACGACGAGGAGGAGGAGGCCGCGACGGCCCAGCCAGCCCCAACGGAGCCGGAGCCGGAGGAGCCCCACGGCCUCAUGGCCGAGGCUUUCUCCAAGCUCUGGACCGAUGUCAUGGGGAUACUGGAUGGUUCCCUGGGAAACAUCGAUGACCUGGCCCAGCAGUAUGCAGAUUACUACAACACAUGUUUCACUGACGUAUGUGAAAGGAUGGAAGAGCUGCGCAAAAGAAGGGUUUCCCAAGACCUUGAUGUGGAGAAACCCGAUGCCAUCCCCACGUCACUACAGCUGCGAUCCCAGAUUGAAGAAUCGCUUGGCUUCAGUAGUGCGGUUUCAACACCAGAAGCAGAAAGAAAGCUCCCUCUUCAUAAGUCCAGUUCAGAAGAGGGUUCUUUCGGAAAAGGGGACUGGAAGAAGAAGAAUAAGUUUUUCUGGCAGAACUUCCGGAAGAACCAGAAAGGCAUAAUGAGACAAACUUCUAAAGGAGAGGAUGUUGGCUACGUGGCAAGUGAGAUUACAAUGAGCGAUGAAGAGCGUAUUCAGCUGAUGAUGAUGGUCAAAGAAAAGAUGAUCACCAUUGAGGAAGCACUUGCAAGGCUUAAGGAAUAUGAGUCCCAGCAUCGGCAGUCCGGCUCCUUGGAUCCUGCAGACUGGCCCGAUGGCUGUUUCCCGACAUUCGAUGGAUCGUCGAACUGCAAUUCAAGAGAACAAUCGGAUGAUGAAACCGAGGAGGCGGUGAAGUUUAAGAGGUUACACAAGCUGGUUAACUCUACUCGCAGAGUCAGGAAGAAACUAAUUAGGGUGGAAGAAAUGAAAAAGCCCAGCACUGAAGGUGUGGAAGAACAGUCUCUUGACAGCUGUCCAAUCCUGGAUGACAGGUCAGCGCUUUACUCUGGAGUUCACAAGAAGCCAUUCAGUUGUGACGGCUCCCCCGAACAGCCACCAGAGGAUGAUUCGGACCCCCUGACCCCCUCUCCUUCGUCCAGCAGCCUGGACACCUGGAGUGCCAGCCGCAAACUGGUCAAGACCUUCAGUAAAGGAGACAGCCGGGGCCUGAUUAAGCCUCCCAAGAAGAUGGGGACGUUUUUCUCCUACCCAGAGGAGGAGAAGGCUCAGAAAGUCUGCCGCUCCCUCACUGAUGGGGAGAUGAGGAAGAGCCUUGGCUCUCUGAGCCAUGGGAGAACCUGCAGUUUUGGAGGAUUUGACUUGACAAAUCGUUCUCUGCACAUUGGGAAUAAUAAUUCUGACCCAAUGGACAAAGGGGGAGAUUUUGUGUACAAAGAAGUGAUCAAAUCACCCACCACCUCCCGGAUUUCUCUUGGAAAAAAGGUGAAGUCAGUUAAAGAGACUAUGAGGAAACGAAUGUCUAAAAAAUACAGCAACUCUGUGCCUGAGCAGGACUGCAGCCCUCAUGGAAUGCCCGGUUCCCCUCAACCUGCUCAGCCCGAUACGGAUUCCCUGGACAAGCCCAAGCUGAAAGCAGGUGGUUCAGUGGAGAGCCUGAGGAGUUCUCUGAGUGGCCAGAGUUCGAUGAGUGGCCAGACGGUGAGCACAACAGAUUCUUCAACCAGUAACAGGGAGAGCGUGAAGUCUGAAGAUGGAGAUGAGGAAGAACCUCCCUAUCGUGGGCCGUUUUGUGGGCGAGCCAGGGUGCACACUGAUUUUACACCUAGUCCCUAUGAUACAGACUCCCUGAAACUUAAGAAAGGCGACAUCAUUGACAUUAUCAGCAAGCCUCCGAUGGGAACCUGGAUGGGCCUGUUGAACAACAAAGUUGGCACUUUCAAGUUCAUCUACGUGGAUGUGCUGAACGAAGAGGAGGAGAAGCCCAAGCGUCCCCACAGGAGGCGGCAGAAAGGAAGACCCCCACAGCCCAAAUCCGUAGAGGACCUGCUUGACCGUAUCAACUUAAAAGAGCACAUGCCCACUUUCCUGUUCAAUGGCUAUGAAGACCUGGAUACCUUCAAGCUCCUGGAGGAGGAAGACUUGGAUGAGUUGAACAUUAGAGAUCCUGAACACCGAGCUGUUCUCUUAACCGCAGUGGAGCUGUUACAGGAAUAUGAUAGUAAUAGUGACCAGUCUGGAUCUCAAGAGAAGCUUCUGAUCGACAGCCAGGGCCUGAGUGGAUGCUCUCCCCGGGACUCUGGCUGCUAUGAGAGCAGUGAAAACCUGGAGAACGGCAAGACUCGGAAGGCUGGACCUCUGCCCACCAAAUCAUCGACCGAGCCCAAUUUUAGGGACUUCAGCAGAAAUCAGCUGGCCAACUACCCAACGCUGCCUUUAACAAAAUCAGUAGAAGCUUUAAAGGGGGAAGAGAAGGAAACCAGACUCUGUGGCAUCCACACCUCUCCUGCCUCUAAGAGUGGCGUCCAGCCCCCUUGUGCCACUGUGGCAAAGAAAAACCGCAGAAGCCUACCCGUUUCCAUCUGUAGGAGCUGUGAAGCCCUGGAUGGCCCUCAGGCAGUGGAGAGCUGGCCAAGAUCACACUCCCUCGAUGACCUCCAAGGGGAGCCCGAUGCUGAACACGAUGGGCCUGGCAAGGAAACAGAGUCCCCCCAUCAGGGCGGGCCAGAGGUGCCCCUAAAAAUGACCUCCACUGGGAAGCCUAGAACAGUUCUUGGGAACCGCGUACUUGAAGAGGCCCCACCGCUGACCCAAAGCAAGAGAUCAUCUGAACCUCAGAAGACACAAACAAAGAAAGUGGACUGUUCAACUGGCACUUCUGUGCAUGGGACUCCUCCUCCGCUCCUGCCUAAAAGCUAUGAAUCCCACCCUUCUUCAAUUAAACACGCUUUAACCAGGAUGCCUCUACCGUGCCACCUAAAAAUUCAAGGAGGAACAAAUAAUCUCCCGCUACCCACAAAAGGUGCAGAAACAGAGCAGAAGGGGUCACACGAACUAAGAACUCAAUCCAAAAAUCCUUCCCAGCCGCCUCCGGUUCCUGCUAAAAAGAGCAGGGAACGCCUGUCCAAUGGGCUACACCAUCUUUCCGUGCCUCACGCUGGGGCUGUUCCCUGUCCAGGUGCCCCAUACCUGCCAGUUAAAAAGAGCAGCCCCAGUAGCCCUGCUGACUGUCACUCCGUGCCGGCGGGCAGGCCAUCCUCAGAGCAGGAGCCCGGCCCUCCAGCGAGCAUUCGGCCACCCUGGCUGUCGGAGCUCCCAGAAACGGCUAGUGUUCAAGAGCACGGAGUCCGGCUGGGCCCUGCUUUGACGAGGAAGGUCUCUUGUGCCAGAGGGGUAGAUCUGGAAAUGCUGAUUGAAAAUAAGCUACAAGCUGAGGAGAUUGAUCUCACUGAGGAACCAUAUUCAGAUAAGCAUGGACGCUGUGGGAUUCCUGAAGCUCUGGUCCAGAGAUAUGCUGAAGACUUAGAUCAACCUGAGAAGGACAUUGCUACAAAUAUGGACCAAAUCCGGGUGAAGCAACUGAGGAAACAGCAUCGCAUGGCAAUUCCAAGUGGAGGACUCACUGAAAUCUGCAGGAAGCCAGUCUCCCCCGGGUGUAUAACAUCCAUCUCCGACUGGCUGAUUUCCAUCGGUCUGCCCAUGUAUGCCAGUACUCUAACUGAAGCAGGAUUCACCACGCUGAGCAAAGUGCCUUCUCUGUCACAAACUUGCCUACAGGAGGCUGGCAUCACAGAGGAGAGACACCUAAGAAAGCUCAUGGAAGCUGCCAGACUCUUCAAACUGCCCCUGAACCCAGAGGCCAUGUAACAUGACGUGAAACUGGUGCUGCCCAAAUGAGAGUCACCUUUCACUGUGCUUACUACUCUGAUGCAAUUUCUCCAGAUCAGGGCCCCAGUGGGAGACAACAGGUGAAUAUGAAAAAGUGAAAAUCUCUUUCCUAGUGGACUGGGAAUCUUUCCUCUCUCAAGAGGAGCCGCCACAAGGUAAAAGAGGUGUGGUAUUCUAACCCCCAAAGAAUUAAGACAGAUAUUUUGCUUCGAAGCACACUUGAAUCAAGGUGCAACUUGUCACAGAUGCUGUUCCUCAAGUUUGUCUUGCGUGGAGUAGGGACAAGGGAAGGGGGAGCUAUCCACCUGCUUAAAAUGCCCAUGUCUUCAUCAUCCUCUUGGGCCGUAAAGAGAGGUUUAGGACCAUACAGGCUGUAGCUAGGCCAAAGUAACAGACUCUGAAAUUAGUUUAUGGCAUUGACCACUUCCAGUCAUUCAGGUACAUUAAAUCAGAAUGCACCAGGAACUUUUUUUUUCCUUUGAUAGGGAAUAGAGUCGUUUUUGUAACUGCUUCCCGCAAUCGGCUUUUAUUUUCUUUAAAAUAAGCUUUUGAGUGGUUGUCUAACUAUUGUUCCACUGAUCUGUAACUAUUUCCAAAUCCUCAGUUUAGACUUCCAUCUAAUAUACUUGGGAUGAUUUCGUAAGAAAAUUUGCUUUCUGAAGUGCUUCAUUUGAACACACUCCAUGUACUUAGAGGUGCUUUUCAGAGACAAGUAUUAUACUGGGUUUCUGUUGAUAGUGACUAACUAAAGGUUCAGUAGAGUCAAUCUAAGAUUUACAGAAACAUCAUUCCUUGUGUGUAUAUAUAUGUAUAAUAAUGGCUUUUCAUUUUAAUCAUUUUAGUACUGUUAUAUUGUCAAUCAUUAUUCUCAAUUUUCUGCAGCUUUGACUUGGUAUCCUGACCAUAUCCAUUCCAAAUUCUUUGAGUUUUAGCUAGGAAGCCACCUGCAUAAACUAAUUUAAUUUCCCAGUAAUGCGUUUCAGGAUUAAAAACUUUGUGGCACUUUGAAUUAGAUUGUCAAAGUAUAUUUAAUUCCCCCAUUUUUCAUUUGGAGAUGGCUAGUGGUUUAAAACAUUGUAUUAUAUGGACCGAAAAACAUGAAAAGUAAUUUCAAAAGAUUUAUCACAUGUAAAAGAUUUCAUUUAGUUCUGGCCUCUUCAACAAACUUCAAGAAAUAUGAGCUGCAGCUAGAUGAUUUUACUGUCAUUAAUACUCUACAUUUCUUUACUCUUUACCAUGAGCAUUGAACCAGGCAUAAAGCGUCGAGUUCAAAAUACAGAAAUGGUGCACUAGGGACUUGAUUAAAAGUGACUAGUACUUUUAAUUACUAAUGAAAUAAAUAAGAUAAAUUUCCCAGUAAAGUUCACUAUUGAAUCUAGUGCAUCUCUUCAUUUGCUUUCAACCCUGUUAGGCAUGCAUCUCAGGAAACUGGAAGAAUAUGAAUGAGACAAGUUUGAAAGUUUUGUUCUGUAACGAAGAAUGUUUCCACGUAGCUAAUUAAACCAGACCAUAUCCUGGGAUAAAGACUUGGAAACAGUGUGUUUGUUCCUCAGGAACGGCAACGGUUUUCGGAAUGCCACAUGAAAAGAAAGUUGCUGGGAUGUAGCAUGACAGCAGUUAAAGCCACCAGGUUUUCCUUGAACCUUUAGAAUUUUCCCCAGCAAGCGAUCUGAAGUCUUCCAUUCAUGUGCCUUACCCAGGGUUUACCACUUGGAAUUCACAAGAGUGGGAGAUUGCUCACAUGAUUAGGUAGAUUUGAAAAGAUUUGAGGGGACAUUUAAAAACGUGUGGAGAAAUUAUCCCUCCAGCCUGCCUUGAUGAAGUUUGGAAAUAAGAAUAUGAGAGUGAGAGUGAGAGUGGGAGAGAGCAAGCGAGAGAGAGAGAGAUAACCUCUGUAUAGCUGUAGUAGCUACAUACCAGCUAUAUCUGUAUCAAGCCAGAUAUAUUCUAUAUUAAUCCCUGUGAGAUCCAAGACAGAAGUUUAUGUUGUAUUUGUCAAAAUUCAGGGAAGCAAGCCUCCUCAUCUGAAUUACUGAAGAACAUUUGCUUUUCCAGAGGUUUUAAAGACUAUAUACCUCUGAAGAGCAAAAACUAUCAGGAUUCAAGUAAUUCACAGAAUCAGUCUGUACUUCCAGAGCUUUCUUUGCCUUUGAAACAAUUGCUCUGCCUCGAAAAAGUCAAAUCCGCACCCACAAGUAUUUCAGUGAGACGGCCUUUUCAAUUUGAAGAUUUUUUUUAAAUAUUACUUUUUUAUGUGGUUUUGAUACUCUGUAUUUGUUCAGUCUCCUUUUGCACUGUACUUGAUCCUACAACAGCCUUAAAAUUCUCUGUGUGAACUUCUGCCUAGCUUUAAUUGGCCAAGCCUGUAGAUGUCAACAGACAGACUACAGGAGACAUCAGCAAUGCUGUAUCCAGGUUUCAAUCAGUUUACCUAACUAUAAAGUUCUGAGCAAAGGUUCACAUGGUGUUGGCUUUUGGGAAGCACAAAAAAACUCCUGAGAAGAUUCUACAUGUCCUUGAUGGGCAGUCUCUGACUUCAGAAGCUGAUUGGCAAGGAAUGCAACCAGCCCCUGAUGUUUCUCCCUUUGCCAAAUGAUUUGAUAAGCCUCAUUAGUGUCUUGAGGGCCUGUUCUCCUUGAUCCUGGAUUUGGGUGGAAAGGGAGAGCACUGCCGCAUGGGAAACGAUUACAUGCUAUAGCAUAGUCAUGGUCUCCAAGUGCAGCAGUCGAGGUCAAUUCACCAAGUCACCGCUGUCCAGACUAGUAAUACUGUAUUAUUUGCCGAUGCAUAGUACUCGAAAGUUCAAGUUACCGUUACUCUCAAUUGACAACGUUAGGGGAAACAAGAAGUGUCAAGCAAGUCGUAUAACAACUAACAAUGUUGCACUUUCUGUAUAUGAAAUCAAUAUUUAAAUAACUUAUUUUUCUCCAUUGCUGUUCUUAAACAAUGUAAGUAGCUGUAAUAUACCAGUACCGAUAUGUUCUUGCAAUUUGCUUCCGCCCAAGAAAGCUGUGUAUUGUUAAAAAAAAAAAGAAUGAAUGUGUAAAGAUUAUUGUGCUGUUUCUUUUAGCAAAAUAUGGUGGACAAAAGGGUUUUCCUGUGUAUCAAAACUUGUCUAUAAUUAUGUCAUACUGUUCAUAGAAAAAAAAGUAAAUAAAUUUCUCCAGUUGC